CAUCCGGGGUCUUUAAGCUCUUCUGUGAGCACGUGACUCAUGACAGGAAGUGCGCGGAGUUUGAAAGAAGGUUGUUUGAGAACUGUAUUAUAAAUAUAUAAAUAUAAAUAAGGACUGUGUUACCAGUUACGCGCGCUAAUGGAUGAUGAGGAGGAGACUUAUCGAUUAUGGAAAAUCCGUAAGACCAUAAUGCAGCUCUGCCAUGAUCGAGGAUAUCUGGUGACCCAAGAUGAGCUGGACCAGACCUUGGAUGAGUUCAAAGGUCAGUUUGGUGACAGACCCAGCGAGGGUCGACCCAGACGGACGGACCUCACCGUGCUGGUGGCCCACAAUGACGACCCCACCGACCAGAUGUUUGUGUUCUUUCCAGAGGAGAUGAAAGUGGGCAUCAAGACCAUUAAGAUGUACUGCCAGCGGAUGCAGGAAGAAAACAUCGCUCGGGCCAUUAUCGUAGUUCAGACGGGCAUGACGCCUUCUGCUAAACAGUCGUUGGUUGAUAUGGCACCAAAAUACAUCCUGGAACAGUUUCUACAGCAAGAGCUGCUUAUAAACAUCACAGAGCAUGAGUUGGUUCCUGAACACAUUGUUAUGACAAAAGAGGAAGUAACAGAGCUGCUGGCCAGAUAUAAACUCAAGGAGACACAGUUACCCAGAAUUCAGUCUGGAGAUCCCGUGGCACGAUAUUUCGGGCUGAAACGAGGACAGGUGGUGAAGAUCAUCCGACCCAGUGAAACGGCUGGACGAUACAUCACAUACAGACUCGUACAGUGAACGGCAACGUGUUUUUAUUUUUCUUUAAUGUCGAUCUCGAGCUACAGAUGUUUUGAUUUAUGUUUGUCAUGUGACAGGUUUUUCAUUGCUGUCUGAUUUUUUGGUUUGUUUUAUAAUGGACGAUUGAGAUUUCUGUGACGGACGGCAACAAUUAUGAAUUCAGAUUUAUCUUUAAUUUCCAUAAAACUUGAAUCUUGGAAAACAAAAAAUAAAUCAGUUUGUGUUUAA